AGCUUCCAAAAAUUUCAAGGUUUCAGUGAAUAAACUGAACUCAAGAUGAUCAGUCGCUUCAUACCGGUUCUUUUCCUGUGGACUGCACUUACAAUAGACUCCACUUCAACUCAAACUACAGCAGGUGUAGCUACUACUACAACUGAAUCAUUUUUCUGUAUACUUUUUCCUGAACUGCCAAGAUGUAAAACAACGACCACCACAGCUACUUCUACAACCACGGAAGACUUGACGACAACCACCAUUGCUCCUACAACCACUAAAGACAUAACUACAACAACAUUGGCUCCCACAACCACCGAAGAAAUAACAACCACAACCGUGGCUCCAACAACCACUGAGGAUAUAACGACAACAACUGUAGCUCCUACAACCACCGAAGAUAUAACUACAACAACUGAACCAAAUUUGUGUAUACUUUUUCCCGAACUGCCAAGGUGUAAAAUCACGACUACAAGUACCACCGCAGCUACUUCUACAACCACGGAAGGCGUAACGACAACCACCAUUGCUCCUACAACCACUGAAGAAAUAACUACAACAACCACCAUUGCUCCCACAACCACUGUAGAAAUAACAACAACAACUGUGGCUCCUACAACAACUGCGGAAAUAACGACAACAACCGUGGCUCCUACAACCACUGAAGAACUAACUACAACAACAGUGGCUCCAACAACCACUGAGGAAAUAACGACAACAACUGCAGCUCCUACAACCACCGAAGAAAAAACUUCUACAACUGAGUCAGAUUUUUGUAUACUUUUUCCCGAACUGCCAAGAUGUAAGACAACGACGAGUACCAGCGCAGCUACUUCUACAACCACGGGAGACUUAACGACAACCACCAUUGCUCCUACAACCACUGAAGAAAUAACGACAACAACCGUGGCUCCUACAACUGCAGAAAUAACGACAACAACAGUGGCUCCUACAACCACUCAGGAAAUUACAACAACAACCUUGUCUCCUACAACCACCGAAGAAAUAACUACAACAACAAUCGUGGUUCCUACAACCACUGAACAAACAACAACAACCACAGUGGAAAUAACAACAACCACCAUUGCACCUACAACCACUGGAGAAAUAACGACAACGACUGUGGCUCCUACAACCACUGAAGCUAUAACAACAACAACCGUGGCUCCUACCACCACUGAAGAAAUAACAACAACCACCGCAGCUCCUACAACCACUGAAGAAUUAACUACAACAACAGUGGCUCCUACAACCACUGAGGAAAUUACAACAACAACAGUGGCUCCUACAACCCCCGAAGAAGUAACGAUAACAACCGUGGCUCCUACAACAACUGUAGAAAUAACGACAACAACAGUGGCUCCUACAACCACUGAAGAAAUAACUACAACAACCGUGGCUCCUACAACCACAGAAGAAAUAACUACAACAACAGUAGCUCCUACAACCACUGAACAAACAACAACAACAACAGUGGAUAUAACAACAACCACCAUUGCUCCUACAACCACUGAAGAAAUAACUACAACAACAACCGUGGCUCCUACAACCACUGAAGAAAUAACAACAACCACAGUGGCUCCUACAACCACCGAGGAAAUAACAACCACAACCGUGGCUCCUACAACUACCGAAGAAAUAUCAACGACAACCGUGGCUCCUACAACCACAGAAGAAACAACAACAACCACAGCGGCUCCUACAACCACCGAGGAAAUAACAACAACCACCAUUGCUCCUACAACCACUGAAGAAAUAACUACAACAACAACCGUGGCUCCUACAACCACCGAGGAAUUAACAACCACAACCGUGGCUCCUACAACCACCCAAGAAAUAUCAACGACAACCUUGGCUCCUACAACCACUGAUGAAGGAUCAACCACUAUCUCAGCAUCAACAAACACCGAAGAAAUAACGACAACCACCAUUGCUCCUACAACCACUGAAGAAAUAACCACAACCACUCCAACGAAUUCUCAGGUUCACCACCAUCAUCACCACCACCAAGUGGGUGGGGGUCCAGCCUUUCCACUUCCACCUCCGAUUCCCUUCCCCCCAUUUCCGUUUCUUGGAGCCUUGCCCGAUUCCGAUUCUGCUGUGAUUGCUAUACUGCCAAUACCGCCUCCUCCCCCGAUUCCAGCAUUUCCUCGGCCACAACCUGUACCUCUACCCUUCGGAAAUUUUUUUGGAAAAUAA